CGCUUUGAACUGUGGAGAGUCGGGAUCGCGCUCGCUCAUUGCGUUGAUGGUGAGUUGAGAGACCGGCUGCGCGGCGCCGGUCAUUCACGCAUCGAGAGAGCGCAUGCACUUUUUCAACACCAAUUGAGUGUGGACAGCGCACGGCGCCUCAUAGCCUGUGAGUGGUCGGACAUUCAACCUGUGGCUAAAUUGUACGAUAGAAUACUUUUGAUGGGGAAAACCCCACAAUUGCAUACUACACACUCGAAAAGGGAUGCCCGACGUUUGGAAAGAAAUAAAGGAAUAUUAUGUUUUUUUGACCUAGUACUUACCUGUUCCUCCUCCGCUACCCUGGUUGGUUUUUCAGACAGCCAGAGUGGUGCUGAGCUGCUGAGUGUUGGUGACUCCGCUUCGGGUGGAGUGGUGCGCUGCUACUGGGGCUUCAGUUGACUCUCUGCCGGGAGGAUUAGUGUGAUUCUGCGGGGGCUAGUCGACUCUCUGGUGGGCGGGGUGGUGUGGUGGUGCCAUAGGAGCCCCUCCAUUCAGAAGGAUGCUGGUGGGAAAUGCCUGGCGACAGAGAGGACGAGAUUUGUCAAAAAGCACUAGAACUACUGUCUGAUCUGUGCUCUAAAGGGGAAGUACAGAAUGAGAACUGUCUGGAUUUCAUUUACCAUUUCCGGGACCUCGCCAGACCACGCUACACGGACUCAGAUGUGUCAGUGAGCCUGCUGUCCCUGGUGGUGACAGCCUGUGGCCUGGCCCUGUUCGGGGUCUCAAUCUUCGUCUCCUGGAAGCUCUGCUGGAUCCCAUGGAGGGAGCGUGGCCCCUCCCCCAGCAUCAAGGCGCCCAACCAUGGGCACCACAAUUCCCCCAUGGCACCUUUACAACCCUACGUCCCAGCAAGGGAGUCAGUCUACACGGCCGUCGAUCCCCCCGUCCCCGCCCUCGACCGCCGUGAGUCACAUCGCUGCUCCAUUGUCCCUGUGGCAUCUGGGACAGUGACGGGGCCGGUGACCCCCGUAUCACCUCCCCCCAUAGCAGCGAUCAUUCCCAUCCCAGAGGCGGCUAUGAAGAUUAGCCACACGUCUCCAGACAUUCCCCUGGAGUCCCAGAGUAAAGGCCGCGAGAACGGGGUCCACACCAACCCUCGUACGCAGAGGCAGACCACUGAGCCCUCACCCUACGUCCGGUCAAUGUCUAUACACACAGAGAUUGGGUCUAACUCAAUUCGUAGAUUAUCCGUAAACAGGUCCAACCCGGACUUUAACGUGGCCCAGUUCCAGAGACAGGACUCUCUGACUGGGAUGGGCCUGGGUCUGGGCCGUCUCAAACCAGAGCUUUACAAGCAGCGCUCCCUGGAAGGGGAUGAGGGGGGCCGGCGGGGCGGAGGCUGUGGACGCCUACACUUCAUUCUCAAGUUCGACUGUGACUUAGAGCAACUAAUCGUCAAGAUCCACAAGGCGCAGGAUCUCCCCGCCAAGGAUUUAUUGGGCACCUCGGACCCCUACGUCAAGAUCUACCUACUACCGGACCGGCAGAUCAAGCACCAGACCAAGGUUCACCGCAAGACACUCAACCCCGUGUUCGAUGAAGUAUUCCUGUUCCCCGUGGAGUACGCUGAGCUGCCGACGCGCAAGCUGCACUUCAGUGUCUACGACUUUGAUCGCUUCUCACGCCAUGAUAUCAUCGGCCAGGUGGUGGUGGACAACUUCCUGGAUCUGGUGGACUUCCCUGCAGAGACAAAGCUUUGCCGAGACAUCCAGUACGUCUCCACGGAUAAUGUGGAUCUGGGAGACCUGAUGUUCUCUCUGUGCUACCUGCCCACUGCCGGCAGACUGACCAUCACCAUGAUCAAGGCCAGGAACCUUAAGGCCAUGGACAUCACUGGGGCAUCAGACCCGUAUGUGAAGGUCUCACUAAUGUGUGACGGUCGGAGAUUAAAGAAGAGGAAAACGUCAACUAAGAGGAACACUCUGAACCCUGUCUACAAUGAAGCCAUAGUCUUUGAUGUCCCACCAGAGAACAUUGACCAGAUCGGCCUUAUGAUCGCCGUCAUGGACUAUGACCGUGUAGGCCAUAAUGAGGUCAUCGGGGUGUGUAAAGUGGGCACCGAUGCAGAGCACCUGGGCCGAGACCACUGGAGCGAAAUGCUGUCGUACCCGCGGAAACCCAUCGCCCACUGGCACCCGCUCAUAGAGUACCAAGGCACCACAGGUGGGAGCCAGGCAGGGUCCUGUAAUUCUCUGAAGACUCCUCCGUCUCCGUAAGCUUAACCGCGGGUCCCUCCUGGAAUACGACCACAAGGAGAAGAGCCAGGCGGUCCAGCCCAACCGUAGGAGUACCGUCCUGCUGAGUGGUCGACAUACUGUUAUACGUCAUGACAAUGUGCGGUCGAUCUCAUGGUUAUCAGAGACCAAUCAUUGUCUGCUCUGUGUCUCUGGGACAGGACGUUUGCAUGGGGAGUUGGAUUGAUUCAGUUGCAUGUUGAGUGACCACAUAAUAUCGUUGUUUUCUUUUUCAUUCAGUUCUAAAAAGAAAAUGGAUGACAAAAACAACCAGGAGGUUUUAACAGUUUGGUCUAAGCCUGAGUUUGAAGUAACUGUUUUUUACAUUAGUCUUGCUCUACCUGUUUUUAAUGGGGUGUGUCUGUAUUGCACAGUGUACUUAAAAACAACCAGUCGAACUGACAUACAUAUUUCAUUUGGAAACGGUGCAUGAGGUCAUGGUUUUUGGUGGAAUAUCUUCUCCUCAGUUUCUUUCGGUUUCUGUUCUUGGAAUAGAAUGUUCUGUCGGAUGAUCACAUGACAUGUGCAGUGGCAGUUCAUUUCUUAGACUUAGUACCUGUAUGUAAAAAUGUCCUUUCAAAUGUUAUCAAUAAAUAUUUAUUAAUAAAAACACAGCUGGGUGGUCAAUGUUAUAAUCCUCACCUGUUGGUAUGACAACUACAGAUUGUCUUGAGGUGAUAAAAGGCAUGCGUGUGAGUCUAAGUGUUUUCUGAGAAAUGGAGAUGGGGUCUAGUCAUUUGUUUUGUACCUUGUCGAUGAUCAGUUGUUUAUUUUUGCAAAUUACAAAUCAAAUCAAUGAGAUUGCAGCCGAGUGGAUUACCAUGACUGGAAGAAGUGCCUGUAUUUGUGAGAAGGUUACUAAUGAAUCCACAUAGAAACCAAUGCCAAAUGAACAUCUACUCAGAACAUUCACAGAUGACUUAUCAUUAUGGUUUAGAAUAAUCUGGAUACAUGUCUAGUUGCUAACUACUGUUUCACUUUAUCAGCUGGGUUCAGUGAAUAAUACUGUUGCUAUGCAUACCUCUUGGGGAUACAUGUACUUGUACAUUUGAGGCUCUGACAGAAUAUUGAUUCCACUGUUUCCUACAGUGUCAUACAGGCUCGUCAGUUCUAGAGCAAGCUGAUUGGCUAUCGAACCAUGUGUCUCUUCAUUGCGUAGGCUGCAUGUUCUGGGGCUAAAUUGGUCCUCCGUUGCUCUCCAUGGAUUAGCUGCCUCCAGUGAUGAUGAGCUGUGAUUUGUCACUGUCAGAGAGAGUGUUUUCAAUCAGACAUGCCUGCCCCUCACAAAGUGCCAGAAAUCAGAGUGUGAUGAAGUUGUACCUACUCCAUAUCCUGUUCUCAGGUCAAUUUAGCAUGUUCCUCCUAAUGGUAAAGUUAUUAGAUUAGGAGGGUACUGAUCCUAGAUCUGUGCCUACUACCCGCAGCACUAGAAUCAAUUGUACCUCGUGUAUUGAGCCAGUUUAUCAGAUAUACUGUAGAUCAGAAGAGGUCUACCGUGACUGUCUGUUGAAUAUCCAUGUUUCAUUAUCUGAUGCUUUUAGUGAUUAAUGACUUUGCAUGUUGAACUCUACCUGAAUGAUGGCGCCAUUGUAUUGACUUUAGUCAUGGGAAUCAUGUAACAUCUGUUGUACUCUGGACUUUUAACAUUUCUGGAAAUCACUCUUAUGGCUACUGUGAAGGUUAACCACAUUUACCAGCACGACUUCAUAGCUCCAUACACAUCUAUAACAAGCCAACAUUGUGUACGUUUUGAAAAUGACAAGAGAGAACAUUAGGAACUGGAGCCAUCCAUUUCUUUUUUAGCUGAGUAUGUCAUCAGCCGUGGUGUAAAGUAUUUAAGUACAAUAAUAAUUGAAAUUGAAAUUACUACUUAAGCAGUUUUCUUUUGGUAUCUGUACUUUACUAUUACUUCACUACAUUCCAUAAGAAAAUUAUGUACUUUU